GAUCAUGACGAAAUGGAGGAAGGCGAUGAACCAGAACAACCAGAUGACGAGUCAACAAGUAAUAUCGUUGACUCAUCACAUGAUAGUGAGGAUUCAUCGAGUUUCGUCAGUAAUCGUCCGUCGACUUCAAGCAGUCUGACGAAAGCUGCCACGAAAGUACGGCGUUCUCGAAGAGGCACAGCGGCCAUCCCUCAGAAUGCCAGCAAUGUGUCAUCGUUGCAAUCACGUAGCACCACAUUGAAUCGCACCAACAAUAGCAAUAACAAUAACAAUAGUAAUAGUAAUAAGAAGACAUGGUCACCAGCCGCAUCCACGUCGACGGCUCGUCGCCUUCGUGACUAUUCAGCCACUCCGCGUUCAUCACCACGUCUUCGCUCAACCCCGAUCAAGACUGCGAAUCGUGGUACACCACCAACCCGCGGUAACGGAGCGGGCACGGGAUCGGGCAAGAGAGCCGGUAGUCGAGCACGGGCAGUGGUCAGUGACGAAUCAGAAGAUGAUGCGAGUUUGGACGGAGAGGAAGGGGUUGAUGACCAAGUCUUUGAGGAGGAAAAAGAUGAGGAUGUAGCGGGCGAAGGCGAUCAAGAACGUCAACCGCCACUGGGAAGGCAAGGGAAAACGAGGCAAAUGAAUAAACGGCGACGGGGUCCAGCAGCUGCAUCAGGUAGCUUAAGCUCAGCUUCGGCUAUCAAGCGUCAACACCGAAUGUCUGUCGAAAGUGGCAAUAGUAUGUUAGUAAGAAGUGCCCGCUCAUCGUUAGCUCGCAAUCGUAAGAAACGUUUAGCGGCCACCGCAGCCGCAGAAGCGCUAGAGCGCGAAGCUGAGGCAGAAGCGCGUGAGACGGAUUCCGAGGAAGAGGAGGACGUCGAAGGGAAUGUGCAAGAUGAUAGCGAUGAGAAUAACGGUCAUGUUAGUGACGAUGAGGAUAGUGAUGACCGAGACUAUGAUGAAGAUGAACCGUAUUCGGGAGAGGAGACCCGAGCGGUGGCUGGUGCUGCCCAUAAGGCGAAGAGAACAACGAAUCGAACAACGGUUGGUGAAGGGGUAAAAGCUGGCGGAGGAGGGACGAAAGGUCAGCAAAAGGAUAAGAGUAAAGGUAAUCGACUAGAUUGUCGACGUCGUUCCAGUAGUGAUGAUGAGGCGGAUGAGGAUGAUUACGAUGACGAUGAUGACGAGUUGCAUCCGACCGCAAAACGAGGCGGUGAUUCGACACGGAGUGGUGGAAGAGCCGGAAUCGCUGGUGGUGGUGCUAGAAGAUUGUUGGAUCGUAAGAGACGGCGUGGUAAGGACACUGGUGGAACUGCACAAACACAAGCGUCUGCUGAAGAAACGUCACCGAAGAAGAAACAAAAAACUGACGAAAAAGCGAAAAAGACAGUAUGGCAAGUUGGGCAAGUGGUAGGCGCCUAUGAUGAAUCAACGCAUAAAGGUAAAUGGUUCCCGGCAGUGGUCGUAUCGACAACUGCAUUCAAAACGAACGCCAAAGGAACAUUAGCGAAUAUCGGAAAGAAUGAUAUUCCUGGGCGACGAGGUUCAUCGUCAUCCAUAAAUGAGCUGAAGAAAGAGACGGCAGCAGCAGCUCAGGAGAAAAAGGAGUCUGCACAAGCUGAAAAGAAGAAGGCGAAACAGCCUGUUGAAGAGACAUCCUCAUCGGAAGAAUCCACAGAUAGUGAUGAGUAUGGUGAAGAGCGCGAUCAGUUCACUGCACAGCUCUAUAAGUUCCAUGAGGAAAGAGGUUAG